UUCAUUCGGCAACACACUGCGACCACUCGUCAACAAAAUAAUUUUUUUCAGCCGAGGAAUGUCGCGUCGCGCAUGACUAAAUUAUUCAUUAAGGAAUAUUCAGUGCUGGUGCAAGUGCAAGUCAGCAGCAACUCGCAGCAGCUCCCAAAAGGUUUUUCGCCACACAAGCUGUUGAAUAAUUUAAUCGAAGGUCUCGCGAUAAAUAGAGAGAGCGAUAUUCGAUAGACGACAAACUAAAAGUGGUCCGGGAAUGAGUUUUCCAAGGCGAAACCGGACCUGGAACUCGUCUCCAUGGAAUACUGAUCGUUGCUAAAAGGAUGCGGAUACUUUCAUACCAUAAAGAAGGCCAACAACUACAACAGAGGCGGCAAUAAUCAAGGUCAAAUCGAAGGUUAGCAUGAAAGAGAGUGGUAGGAAGACAGGCCGAAGACAGACAGCUAGAGAGAGAGACGAGGCGAGACUAGAGGAGCUCCCAUAUGUGCCAACAACUACAACAACAGCAACUAAAAGAACCACAAAUUUAAUAACAUUUCACGCUUGAGGGAGCGAUAAAAGUCUGAUAACGAAAGAUAACCGAUAACCAACCACACAAGAGCAACAACAUCAACAUUACAAAUAUAAGGCAACACAAAACAACAUCAACAUAUCGUCGAGAAACUAGAAGAGAGAAAAAAUAAAACAACAGGGUACUAAAAUGAUCGUCCCUCACUAAAAAUCAAGAUAUUACAAAGUUCCACAUCAUCAACAUUUCCGAAGAUCAGCAGUUAACCCGCAGUUAACAGAGAGACAUAUAGUUAACAUUGAGACGUAGCCACAAUCAUGACCUUCUCCACCUUCACACGCAAAAUGCGCGGACGCAUGCGCUCCAACACCUGCAGGAUUGUCCUACUCACUUCACUCGUAUGGGUGAUAUUCGACUUUGUGCUCAUCGCCCGCUACUCGGAUUGCAUCGGCAAGGACGGAUGGCGCUGCAAGCGAUCGGGGGAGUACGACGUGGAGUUACCCAACGCCGAGCGUCUGGUGGAUGACAACCAACUAGUGGACGACAAUGAGAUUAAUACAGAGAAAUCCUUGGAUGGUGAUUCGGGAGCUCUUAUUAUGGGACAGGGCUUUGCGUCCGGUGGCAUUUCAAUGACCUAUCCCAGUGUGGUGCUUAAAAAGUGGUUCCUGGCUCCCUCUGUGCAGGAGGCGAAAGGCAAGCCCGGCGAGAUGGGCAAGCCGGUGAAGAUACCCGCUGACAUGAAGGAUCUCAUGAAGGACAAGUUCAAGGAGAACCAGUUCAAUCUGUUGGCCAGCGACAUGAUCUCGUUGAAUCGGUCGUUGACUGAUGUGCGGCACGAAGGUUGCCGCCGCAAGCACUAUCCCUCAAAGCUGCCAACCACUUCAAUUGUGAUAGUUUUCCAUAACGAGGCCUGGACGACGCUGCUGCGAACCGUGUGGAGUGUGAUCAAUCGUUCGCCGCGUGCUUUGCUAAAGGAGAUUAUCCUAGUGGACGAUGCCAGCGAGAGGGAUUUCCUGGGCAAACAGCUAGAGGAGUACGUAGCCAAGCUUCCUGUCAAGACGUUUGUGCUGCGCACAGAGAAACGUUCGGGCUUGAUUCGGGCCCGCCUCCUAGGUGCCGAGCAUGUCAGUGGCGAGGUAAUCACCUUCCUGGAUGCCCAUUGUGAGUGCACGGAGGGCUGGCUGGAGCCUCUGUUGGCGCGCAUCGUACAGAAUCGUCGAACGGUUGUGUGUCCCAUUAUUGAUGUCAUUUCGGAUGAGACAUUCGAGUAUAUCACGGCCUCGGAUUCCACGUGGGGUGGCUUUAACUGGAAACUCAACUUUAGAUGGUACCGAGUGCCAUCGCGUGAAAUGGCGCGCAGAAAUAACGAUAGAACUGCUCCGCUGCGCACUCCUACUAUGGCCGGUGGUCUGUUCUCCAUCGAUAAGGAUUACUUCUAUGAGAUUGGCUCCUACGAUGAGGGCAUGGACAUCUGGGGUGGCGAGAAUCUGGAGAUGUCGUUCCGUAUUUGGCAGUGCGGCGGCAUUUUAGAAAUAAUACCCUGCUCCCAUGUGGGUCACGUGUUCCGUGACAAAUCGCCGUACACCUUCCCCGGCGGCGUGGCCAAAAUUGUGCUGCACAAUGCGGCCCGAGUGGCCGAAGUUUGGCUGGACGAGUGGCGUGAUUUCUAUUAUUCGAUGAGCACAGGUGCUCGCAAAGCUUCGGCUGGCGAUGUUAGCGAUCGUAAGGCUCUGCGAGAUCGGCUCAAGUGCAAGAGCUUCCGUUGGUAUUUGGAGAACGUUUAUCCCGAGAGCUUAAUGCCCUUGGACUAUUACUAUCUGGGAGAGAUCCGCAAUGCGGAAACGGAAACCUGCCUGGACACGAUGGGACGGAAGUACAACGAGAAGGUUGGCAUUAGCUAUUGCCAUGGCUUGGGUGGCAACCAGGUGUUUGCCUACACCAAGAGACAGCAGAUCAUGUCGGAUGACCUGUGCCUGGACGCAUCCAGCUCCAAUGGUCCCGUCAACAUGGUUCGAUGCCACAACAUGGGCGGCAAUCAGGAGUGGGUCUACGAUGCGGAGGAGAAGUGGAUACGCCACACGAAUACCGGUCAGUGCUUACAGCGAGCCACAAGGGACGAUGCCAAUACGCCGCUGCUGCGUCCCUGCAGCUACGGAAAGGGCCAGCAGUGGCUGAUGGAGUCCAAGUUCAAGUGGCAGGCUCACUAGCUGAAUGACACCGAUGACUACAACUAAACUAAAACGGAUCCUACUAACUAUAUACAUACUGAGAACUUCCAAUUUUUGUGUUUAGACCAUGAUGUUUGCUCUUGUUCUUUUGACAUUUAAUUAGCCUUUUAGUUAUACUCUCUAUCUCCUAUUCUCUGUGUGCGUGAAUGUGUUUGCUGCCGGAGAGCCAACUCCUUCGGCGGCAGGUUGUCUUCCCAAAAACAAAAAACAAAUUGUGAGUGUGCUUGUGAGUUAUAUAUCCUAAGUACAUGAUGGGCAUGUACAUGUAUGUAGGCAGGCAGUUGUACGAUUUAUCUAGGUAUAUACACAUAUGUAUUUGUAAUGUAAUUUACAUUUAGCUUCGAGACCAAGUACCAAUAAAUUGGCAUUUAACUGA